CACAGAUGACGUUCGAAGCGUUUGACCCCUUUCCAGCCAGGAGAGCAAAAUAACACGCAGCGAUCGGAGAGUAGAGCAGCAUGAGCGACGACAUACCUCAAGAGCAACAGCUGACCACUGUGGAAAAGGUCCGUCUCGGAUGCGUGCCCGAGCACUUCUCCUCGCCGCUGCAUCAAGCGCUGGCGAAAGAUCUCUUCGGCCGUCAUGGCUUCGAGCUGGAGAUUGUGAACUGUCCUGGAGGAACGGGAGAGAUGGUCACAAAACUGAAAGAAAAUGAACUGGACAUCGCCAUCGCUCUAACGGAAGGCCUUAUAUCCAGCCUCUGCAAGGAAGACGGCCCGUUCCGCAUUAUCGGAACCUACGUCAGCAGCCCGCUCACUUGGUCGAUAGCGUCCUCUCCCACAGGCCGCUUUGGCAAGGUUUCGCGCGAGUCUCCUGGACCAGAGGCGUGGGAGGGAUUGAAGGGGGCGAAAGUGGGCGUAUCGCGACUGGGAAGUGGGAGCCACUUGAUUCCGUUUGUGCUUGCGGAUCAGAUGGGAUGGCUGAAGGAUGGUGCGAGUGCUCCAUUCGAAUUCGUACCCUUGAAGGACAUCGCGGGGCUGGUGAAUGGAGUCAAGAGUGGGGCUAUCGACACGUUCCUCUGGGAACGUAUCAUGACCAAGCCUCACUACGACAGCGGUGAGCUGCACCAUCUUUCCAACAUCACCCCUCCAUGGCCCGCUUUCAUGUUCGCGGCAUCAAAGAAGGCUCUGGCUCACUCCGCAGCCUUGAUCGGGAUCCUGAAUGUAAUCACCGAAAGCGCCAAAAUCUUUAUAGCCGGCAAAGGCACCGGCGACUCCGUCCGCUACGUCUCCGAAAAGUACCACCUCCCCGAAGACGACGUGCGCGUCUGGUUCUCCAGCGUCGCCUAUCCCGCCAAUUGCCGCGAGGUCGACCGGCACGUGCUGACGGAUUGCAUCAAGGUGCUUGCCAAAGCAGGUGUCGUGGGUAACGAGGCGCUGGGUAUCCCGCUGGAUCGGUUGGUGGACGAGCAUGUGGCGGUUGUUACGGAGGAACCGCUUGAGCAGAAGAUUAAGAGGCAUGAUCAGCAGUAUGAGAAGGAGUGUAGGGAGUUGCAGGCUGGGAAGUCGGAGUAAGAGACAUCAAGAGUAAGGCGUAGCCUGUUAUUGGCAGGUAGAUUAGUUCGAUUUGAGUUCUCCGCGUAGCACAAUCUCAAUGACGGUCCAUCGUUGGACUCCUGCAUGCCGAAUCAACAAGAAACUAUUGGCAGGUAGAUUAGUUCGAUUUGAGUUCUCCGACAAUCCCGCGACGCGAGAGAGUGUGUGGGAGAUUUCGGGCAAAAAAAAGCACUGGGAUGAUGGGCUACUCAAGUGUAACUUUCAUUUACGAACACGAUG